AUGCCAAAACCUCACUACAUCAAAGUUCCCCGUGGAGAAGAUCCCUCGCCUGACAUGAAACAGCAACCUGCUCACCUAUCAGAGCACAUGAAGAACUGGCUACAAGAGGGCCCCAAAGAUACGCCGUGGCAUAACAUCGAUUCAAUUGAACCUGAGUCCGACACGCAAGGCAAGUUCGAGGUCAACGUUGCGCCAUCGGAGACCCCUGCCACACAAGGCACUAAUCUUAUUCUUGUCGACAUUAUACCCAAAGUUGACAUGGGAGCAUGGUUUGCAACACUCGACAUAGGAUCGAGCCUGGACCCAAUCUCCAUGGCGACAACAUACGCCAAGACAGGAGUGCGUCGCGGGACUAGACUUUCUGUGCUAUUCCCAGAAAUCAACAAGGUAAUCUGGGGCUCAAAACAAAGUAGCAAGAAGUCUAGAACCCUUCAUGUAUCGAGAGGAGCUUAG